GACUUGCCACUGCUCCCCACCAAUUGCUUGGCGCCUUUCUGUCCACGCCACGAAUCCCUUUCCAUGAAAUGAAAAUUGCUUGCAGCUUGCAAUUUCCCACAAAUCAAUGAAAUCAUAUAUAUAUAUAUAUAUAUAUAUCUGUUUUUCUUAUGCGUUUUACAAAACCCAAUUCGUCUUCCACUUCGAUUUCAUUCUGAUCACCAAACUAUCUGUAGCCGCCUCAAUUUUCUUUCGCAUUCAUUCAAAUUCGUCGACCCAUCUUCCCACAAUUUUUGAGCCUUCAACAGCGAAAAAGUCUUAUUAGACGCAUUCUUCUUUGAAAAUUUGCAUUUCCCAGUUCGCAAUACUUCUUAAUAUUGGGAAGAACGGAAAUUAGUACGGUGUUCUUCUUCAACCCAGUUGCGUAGAGGAAGAUAUGGUGGGCUUGAAGCCUAAUUUACCCUCUUGGACGAGUUGCUCAUCCACCCGGGUUGAUUUUGAGGGAAACGUUUCUUCUCUAUCGGAUUCCAUGUUGAGAGGCGGCAAAGAAGGCCACUCGGAGCAGCCGCGCCGUUCUAAUACUCUCUCUGAUGCCAAUUUGAGCUUUGGAGAAAGAUCCCUUUCCGCCGCUGCCGCCGCCGUUGUUUCUGCCAUUCUCGUUAAUCCCCUUGACAUUGCCAAAACAAGGUUGCAAGCACAAGCUGCUGGAGUCCCAUAUGAAGGGCCCUGUCGGAUGACAAGUUUAGAAAGGAAUACGGUGAUUCCUAAUUUGAGAUGUUCAUCAGUAUCCAGCUCACGUUCUCUCGUUGGCCUCGAACCUAAUUGUUCGCUGGAGUGUAACCGGUAUACAGGAACGUUCGAUGUGUUCAACAAGGUUAUUCGUCAGGAAGGCUUUGGGAGGCUGUGGCGAGGCACAUAUGCAAGCUUAACUCUGGCUGUGCCAACCGUGAGUAUUUAUUUUAAGCUGAGAUGUAUGACCAAGGAUUACAUUGUUUAUGAUUUUUUGCUUCCUGCUGCCUACCAGGUGGGGAUCUACAUGCCUUGUUAUGAUAUCUUCCGCAAUUUCAUGGAAGAUUUUACUACCAAGAACGCUCCGAACUUGACUCCAUAUGUUCCAUUAGUUGCAGGAUCAGCUGCCCGCUCAUUAGCUGUUAUAUCAUGUUACCCUGUUGAACUUGCACGGACGCGAAUGCAGGCGUUUAGGGAAAAACAAACUGGCACUAAGCCUCCAGGGGUGUGGAAGACGUUGGUUGAGGUCGUCAACCCUAUUAGGGGUAAUCGCCUCCAAGAUUUACAGAACUAUCGUUUCUUAUGGACUGGCCUUGGCGCACAACUUGCUCGAGAUGUCCCGUUUUCUGCCAUCUGCUGGGCAGCACUUGAGCCUUCAAGGAGGAAAAUUCUAAGCCUAGUUGGAGAGGACGCCAAUGUAUCAAGUGUGCUUGGUGCAAAUUUCUCUGCUGGCUUCAUUGCUGGAAGUCUUGCAGCUGCUGCAACAUGUCCACUGGAUGUUGCUAAAACCCGAAGGCAAAUCGAGAGAGAUUCUGAAAAGGCAUUAAAGAUGACUACAAGAACAACUCUGGCAGAAAUUUGGAGGGAUGGAGGAAUCAAAGGAAUGUUUACUGGAAUUGGUCCCCGGGUUGGUCGUGCCGGUCCCUCUGUCGGGAUAGUCGUCUCCUUCUACGAAGUUAUGAAGUAUGCUCUGUAUCACAGACACCCAAAAGAAAGGAUGACUGAAUAGAAGGAGUGUCACUUGGAAUGUGCCGUCCCUAUGUAUGUAAGCUCAAGAAAUCUCCUCUCCACAGAUUCUUUUGGCCAAAGACCUUUGGAUGGUUAAGACAGCAACUUCUAAUGAAACAAAAAUCUCCCCUAUUGUGAGACCUCUCAUGUCCAGUUUUUCACCCAACGAUUUGUUCAAACACGAGAUUAGAUGUACAUGAACUUUGAAUUAAAUAAAAAUUUACUAUUUUGUCUUA